AUGCAGGCCAGUUCGUCGCAGGCUUCAGGGAGGGGCCAGUCCGGAACAGCCCAAUCACGGUCAUCCAAUCCCUCCAGAAACGAUGAUUCGGGUUCAGGAGGUAGGGCACAAAGCCUCAUCAGGAUACGACAAUUGCUAACCAACACUCGGAACUCAGCGGAGACUCCCGCUCGCAGACGCCUCCAGAAAUCCGCCUCAACCAGUUUUCACAUGAACGCCCAGACCACUGUUGAUUCGCAGUCCUCGAGAGGUGUAGCAGGACCACGUUCAGGGGAUAUGAGUCGAAGAAGGUUGUCCAUUCGAGGCCAACAGGCCCCUCAGGGGCCCCGGCCGCAAGAUAACUCGCGCUGGAGCAAACCAACGAACAAUUACUUUCACCCCGAAAUUUCACCGACUGACGCUACGAACGAUUCCACGAAAGGUUACAAUUUGCGAUCCACAAGUGUGGGAAACCUGUCGAAAAUGGAUACUAGUCAAACCCCGCCAGAAAGCAUGGAUUUUCUGGCGCCGAUCAAUUUUGACGACUUCCACAACAGCAUCAUGACCGAGCCCACCUUAAACCACUUUCCCAUGCCCGGAAUUGGUGGGCCGGCGUCUGAGAACCGCGAUUCGGCCUUGUCAACAAACAGUAACUGGACAACCAAUAGCUACGAGAGCAAUAUCUCGGAUCGGACACGAGGUGCUUCGGCUCGCCGCAAGAGCGAGGUGUCACGAUUGAAUGGCAUGAAUCCAACGUCCUCGAGACUAUCAACGACAUCCGGCAAUGCUCGGGGCCGUCGCUCAAGUAUCGCACAGCCCAACGAUGCUGGUCCUGCCCAUUCUCGAGCAUCACGAAAGUCUAUCAGCUCCGGGGCUUUUGGUCCCACAAAUGCUUCGGCGAGGCGUGCGAGUCUGAGCGCUCGUAAGAUCAGUAUGGAUACGACUCGGACCGACCCGAACAAUGUCCUUCGGCCUCGUGGUCAACCCAUCGAACCACCUCGGGACGAUACCAGAGUGCCGUUGUCUGUACGCAGCCUCAAAGCCAAGUCUAUGCAACCCUCUCCUCGCGAGCCGCGUAGCACCUUCUUAACUGCGACCGGUACGAUCGACCACUCACGGUCUUCUUCAACCAAUGCGGUCCGAACGCCAGUCAGGAACACGUCAAACACGUCCGGGUCAACAGUGACAACUCCCUCUUCUUCCUCCAAGCGCAUGUCUACUAUGCCCCAUGCUUCCGGCUUGGGUGCACGCACUGUCAGUCCAACUGAUGCACGUCGAGCUAAGCGAAUGUCAAUGAUGCCAACUAUCCCUCCCAUGCCUCACACCCCUCCUACGCCAACAGAGCCGCUUCCCAUCCGUCCUGUGUCAUCAACCCAAUCCCCUUCUCUUCUCCCUAGGAAAAGCAUCACUCCUUCUUCCAACCGAACGACUCCAGACCCGAACCGCAAAUCAUACAGCUCUGGAUUAUCAUUGUCAUCAAACACAAGUUACAACUCGAUUCGCAAUUCUGGAAGCUCGCUCCAACCGCGUCUGUCUCAGAACUUCUCCUCUUCUCGAUUACCCACGCCGAAACCACGCACAGAGCAAAACUCCUCUUCUUCCACCGGGGAAGAGGUUCCGCCAGUGCCCGCCAUUCCCAAGGCUUACGAAUCGCCUAAGGGUGAGCUUGAUGCGCCUGUUUUCCCGGCGCCAAGGAAGUCCAGUCUGCCGGUCGAUAUCGGUCUUCUUAACAUUUCUUCACGGGAUUCAGACUCGGAGGCUCGGGUCCCUACCACCGAGAAUGUUGACUACACUCGUGGGCACGCUACAAAGACACCCGAAUCGCGCACAAGAAAUUCUACUGUGGUGGGUCGCAAGGGUCUGCAGCCACUGAAGCUUCCCCCGUUGAACCUGCUUCCUUUGGGUACACCCAUGACAACCAAAAUCGAAGCCUUGAAGGACAGGGAGGCUGAGGAACGGAAAUCAUAUACCCCAUCCAAUCAAAUCACCUCCAAGACUCCUAGUACCCCGAUGACUGCUUCAAAGGUCAAUUUCUGGGGCUAUGGUGAUGACGAAGAUACAGGGCCUGCCACGAUAGCUCGGAGUAGCACAUCGCAUUUUGCAUUGAGCUCUACCUCUUCAGCAGCGCUGCGGACUGCCAGCAGUACCAGUGCCUUUGAAACGCCCAAUGGCACACGCAACAUCUCACCCUACGCAUCAUACACUUUACCAAAGAGUGGCUCUGAGUUCAAUGCACUUCGCUAUCAGGCCAGUGGUGAUUAUUCCAACCGAGCCUCGCAGUCAUACAAAUUGACGGGACCGCGACCUCAAACGCAAAGUGCGGUUUUCACACCAGCUGCGGAGAGAUUGAGCCAGAUUUCGACGCCAUCGGAGCCAGAAAGUGCUCCUGCGCCGGUCUCUAACCCCAAGGAGCGAUUGACUGUGACCCGGAUUCGUAGCAACUCCAAGGCUAACAAGUCUUCUGAAACGGAUUCCGACUCAACCAAGUACAAUCACAUGCCGCCGCCAAAGCUUCCUGCAUCUGCGACGUGGAAUAAUUUGUCCUCCAUUCCAUCAACCAGUCCCACUGUCAAGUCGUCAUUCCUCAAACCCCGGCGACAGUCAUCUGUGUCGAGCAUUUCGAAGCAAGCUGCUAACCGGAAGCCCAGUGUCAGCAGUGAUCGGAGCUUGCGUCUGGAACCUACUCAUUCCAAUGAGUCCGGUGCCAGUGAGCAUUCUCAAAACCGUGCUUCCAGUUCCUAUGUCUCCCCAGUUCACAAGAUCAUCAACUCUGCCCGAUCAAGCGUUGCUGCCUCUUCUCGGUCGGUUGAUACCAAUGUCGAUGCAGAUGUCGUUAUUGCCGAUGAGGAGAUGAGGAGACUGGGGUCUAAGCGCAAGGACUUUGAGACUGCAGCGAAAGAAUUGGAUGAUCUGCGUCGCAAGGCAGGGCCGAAGGAUCGUGUCAGUCCCGCUCAGGCUCUGAAGAUGGCAAACUUGAACAUCUUCGAGCGCGGCGAGAUCAUUGACUAUCGGGAUAUCUUCUUCUGCGGCACCCAGAAUGCCAAGAAGCACAUUGGUGAUCUCCAUUCAGGCGCUGCGAACUUUGGCUACGAUGAUGAUCGGGGUGAUUACAACAUUGUGAUGGGUGACCAUUUGGCCUACCGCUACGAGGUUGUUAGUGUUCUCGGCAAGGGAAGUUUCGGUCAGGUCGUGCGUUGUGUUGACCACAAGACUGGCGCUUUGGUUGCAAUCAAGAUUAUUCGCAACAAGAAGCGUUUCCACCAGCAGGCGUUGAUUGAGGUCAACCUCCUAACAAAGCUCAAGGAGUGGGAUCCCGAUCGCCGUCACAGCGUGGUCAACUUCACACAGAGCUUCUACUUCCGUGGCCAUCUCUGCAUUUCGACCGAGCUCCUUGGCAUGAACUUGUACGAGUUCAUCAAGGCACAUGACUUCAAGGGCUUCUCGCUCAAGCUCAUUCGCCGGUUUACCAAGCAGAUGCUUACCAGCUUGGUUUUAUUGCAUGCCAAGAAGGUCAUUCACUGUGAUCUGAAGCCGGAGAACAUUCUUCUCGUGCAUCCGUUGAACUCGGAGAUCCGCGUCAUUGACUUCGGUUCGAGCUGCUUCGAGAACGAAAAAGUUUACACCUAUAUCCAGAGUCGUUUCUAUCGAUCCCCAGAAGUCAUUCUUGGAAUGUCUUACGGCAUGCCCAUUGACAUGUGGAGUCUUGGCUGUAUCCUGGCUGAGCUUUUCACCGGCUAUCCCAUCUUUCCUGGUGAGAAUGAGCAGGAACAAUUGGCCUGCAUCAUGGAAGUGUUUGGACCCCCGGAGAAGCAUUUGAUCGAGAAGAGCACUCGCAAGAAGCUAUUCUUUGAUUCUCUGGGCAAACCUCGCCUGACCGUCUCGUCCAAGGGGCGUCGCCGCCGUCCGAGCUCUAAGGAACUCAGGCAAGCCCUGAGAUGCGAUGAUGAAGCUUUCCUUGACUUCCUUGCCCGUUGUCUCCGCUGGGAUCCCGCUCGCCGUUUGACCCCUCACGACGCCCUGAAGCACGAGUUUAUCACCGGCGUCAAGGCGCACUCUCGGCCUCGGAUGUACGCCGCGAUGAAUUCACCCUCCAAGCGAGGCACCAACACCUCUAGCUCACGUCCGCUUCCCGAGCCUCCGGGCAACAGCUUGAAGACUGGCUCGUCUGGUCGUCUCCGUGAUGCCUCCGGAAACUCUCCCGUCAAGGGCUCCGGGAAACGCCAUUCAACCGUCAGCGGCCUUCCGCCGUCCAGCCCCGCCAAGCGAGCACCCAACAAUCCUACUGGCACGUCUGGAACUGCAUUGCCCCGUGCUUCAGCACGAAGCAUCAGUGGGAAAACCGAUCUCGCGACGGCGGCGGCUGCGACUAGCUUAGUGAGUUAA